AUGCGCCUUCGGGGACUGCCUUCGCAGCUCACACUUGGUCCAGCAACCAAUCUUUCCUCAUCGAUUCGGCCAUCUCAUAGCUGUGGCAUACAUCGGACUCUCUGCCAUCAUGCGCUCCGAACCUCAAUACCUCGAGUGUCCUCAAAGGUCCACAUACGGGGCGCCAAGACCAAAACGACAGUCAAACUAAAGGACCUACCUCAAGGUGUUUUGAAAUUAGAACCUUAUGAUGGUGGUAUGGACAAUGCACCGCGGUACCCAACGGUGGUGCAGGGGCAUCGAAACAACAUGCAGACGUUCCAAAAUUGCGUCGUGCUAACACGCGUGGGGGGCUUUUACGAGCUAUAUUUUGAACAAGCAGAGGAGCUGGCACCCUUACUUGGCCUCAAACUUGCGACCAAAAAGACCAAUGGUGGGCCGGUGUCUAUGGCUGGCUUCCCCUACUUCCAACUGGAUCGUUUUCUCAAAAUGCUUGUCCAAGAUCUCAGUAAGUAUGUGGCUAUCAGUGAAGAAUUCGCUGUCAAAUCGGAGGACAAAACAGGCUCCGGGGGCCUUUUGUUUGAUCGGAAGGUAGCGAGGAUAAUCACCCCUGGCACGCUGAUAGAUGAAAAGUUCAUCGACCCUUCUCAGCACAACUUCCUCCUGGCGAUCUAUUUAGAUAUUCCCGCGCUAGAAGCUCAGUUGAAAUUGCAUGCCGAGCGGGAUGGAGAAUCAUCUAAGCAACAUGUGCUGUCUUCAGUGCCCCAGCAAGUAGGGUUAUCUUGGUUAGAUCUUUCAACGGGUGAUUUCUAUACUCAGUUGACGACGACCCAAAUGCUACCGUCUGCGAUUGCUCGCAUCGGAGCUCGCGAGAUACUGGUGGAUCGCAAUGUGCAGGAUAUCAUUGGUCACGAACUGCAAAUGCUGGUUGGACACGAUCACCGUCUUGUCACCUUCUUUCAAUUUCCAAAAGAAUUUGAUCCAGUAUCUAAAUGGGGACCAAUGCUUGAAGCCCCCGUUCCCGAACAUUCGCGCGCGUCGUUCACACCGGAAGAAGUCGCAGCUGGAUUCAGCCUGCUCGAGUACACCCGUGUACAAUUACAAGGAACCAACAUCAAGCUCCAGCCUCCUCUUCGGAAACAUCCAGAAGAGUCAAUGAGCAUUGAUCGCAACAGCCUGAGUGGCCUCGAAAUUUUGGAAACCUCGAGAGAUGGGUUUGGGAAAGGAAGUCUCCUCCAUGCUGUCCGAAGGACGUCAACCAAAAGUGGAGCAAGGCUUUUGCGAGAUCGACUUACUUCGCCCUCAACGUCAUUACAGGUCAUCAACGAUCGACUGGAACUCGUCGCAAUCUUCAUCGAACAUACAGAGCUUCGAGAUAGUGUCAUUCAGCUGCUCAAGCGCAGCUAUGACUCUCAACGCUUGGUUCAAAAGUUUGCUUUCGGUAAAGGCGACCCUGACGAUCUGAUAUGUCUCUCUAGGGCGAUCGAAGCGUCGAAAGAGGUCAAACAAGUCCUUUCAAAUCAUAGCAGACUGGUGUCUUCGACUAAUACACCUGACUCUGAUCAAAGUAUCUCUUCUAUGAUCGCACGUUUGUAUCUUGAUGGCCCCUCUGCCCUGGCAGAUAAUAUAACUUCGGCAAUCGAUGAACAGGGUUUAUUGCAAAAGCAGCGAAUUGAUGAUAGUACUGCUGCGGAGGCUGCCAGUUUGGCACAAAAGGUCACACUAGAUGAAGGCACAUCAAGUGAUCUCGAAGCACUUCCCAAAAAGGUCCGGGCAAAGAAAGCCGACCAAGCUGCUGCGGCUGACAUUGAUUCUGGCCCCCUUGAUACUUGGAUCAUGAGACGUGAGGCAAGUCGAAGCUUGAGUGAUUUCCACGCCAAAUUGGAAGACCUCGGUGAACAAAAGAUAUCUCUUACCCAGCGCCUUCGUGAGUCAGUGGAUUCAACAGCCCUCAGCCUGAAAUGGACUCCUGGGCUGGGUCAUAUCUGCCAUGUCAAGGGAGCAAAAAUUUCACAGCAAGCUUUAGAGGAUCUGGGGGUCACUCGGAAUGUUUCCUCGACAAAAUCUACGCGUUCAUUCUACCUACCGGCCUGGACGGAACUCGGGGCCAAAAUGGACCACGUGAAAAUUCAGAUUCGUCAAGAAGAGCAGGCAAUCUUUGAGCGUCUUCGUCGUGAAGUGAUUCUCAACUUGGUCAAGAUCCGCCGAAACGCAGCGGUCAUGGAUGAGCUAGACGUUGCUUGUUCGUUUGCCGUUCUAGCGCAAGAACAACAGAUGGUGCGCCCCAUAGUCAACGAUGGCACUCAGCACAAAAUCGUUGCCGGAAGACAUCCUACCGUCAAGUUGGGGCUCGAAGAGCAAGGACGCUCAUUUGUGAGCAACGAUUGCUUCCUUGGUGACUCCCAGCGAAUCUGGCUCAUCACUGGGCCAAACAUGGCGGGCAAAAGCACUUUCUUACGACAGAAUGCCUUGAUCACCAUCCUCGCGCAGGUGGGAUCAUUCGUUCCUGCAGCUUAUGCCGAGAUCGGUAUCGUUGAUCAAAUAUUCAGUCGCAUCGGCGCGGCUGACGACCUCUUCCGUGACCAAUCAACCUUCAUGGUAGAAAUGCUAGAAACUGCCACCAUCCUAAAACAGGCUACACACAAAUCUUUCGUGAUCAUGGAUGAAGUGGGCCGAGGCACAACGCCGGAGGAUGGCACUGCCAUUAGCUUUGCUUGCCUUCACCAUUUACACUAUUACAAUCAGUCUCGUGUCCUUUUUGCGACUCAUUUCCAUGGGCUAGCAGACAUGACGCAGAACUUUGAGAAGCUGGAAAGAUACUGUACUGACGUCAAGGAUCUGCCUUCGGGUGCCUUCUCCUUUGUUCAUAAACUACGCAAAGGUGUCAAUCGCCAGUCUCAUGCUCUGAAGGUCGCUCAGCUGGCUGGAUUGCCCAAGGAAACCCUGGAGCUAGCCCAGCAAGUUCGGGAACAGAUUCAAAGCGAGAUGGAUCCUCGAGUUCCCAGCGAAGAAACACCCUAG